AUGGAUUAUCGUAUGGAUCCAAAGCUUGUCGAUCAGGAGAUUGCUAAAAAUCUUCCAAAAGACUUCCUAAAAAAGAAAGAGAGAUCGGUUCUGCUUCCACCAUCUGAGUUUUUUAAACCCUACACCAGACCGGAACCGAAUGAAAUGUUUAGAAUGCUGCCUGAAACCGAGGUUGGAUUUGAUGAACUUUCCAGAAAGUUUCAUAACGAAGCUGGCUUGGGGAGUCAACAGGAGGACGCCGUGGAGCCAUGCAAGGUAGGGCUGAAUAAAACUUUAAAGCCUUUACUGGGGACACCACCAUCAACUAGCACAGCGGACACAAGCAGUCAGGACGCGGACGUACAACUGAACGUGUCUGAACGUGCCAACCUACAAUCAAGUGAAAAUGUUCCUACCAAUAUAGUGAAUUCUGCUUCUCAUCUCGAGGAGGCGAGGGAUACAAUUCAACCAAAGUCAGAACAACGAGACAAGCCAAGGCUAAAAAUGACUACUCUUUACGAUUUUGGUAUACCUGAGAGCACCUUAGUGGAAGAAGAGAAAAAGGCGCUGAAAAAAGUGCUGCCACUCAAAAAAAGCCAAACAAGCGGUCCCAAAGAUGAAGUUGUAAGUGGAGUUGGAUGCAUUUCCUCCAAUAAUGCAAAUGCUGAAGCCUAUAAUCUGGCGGCCUUGCUGCCUAUGACUUCGGAGUCCACCGACCAACAAGGGUCAGAGGAAACAGACAAUGAGUCAGACACCAAUGAGGAAGAUACAGCUGUCCAUUGGCUGUCUAGAUAUCGUUUCUUGCAAGAGACAAACAAACAGGGCCUUUCUACUUCGUCCCAGGCACCCAACAUGCCAGACUCGUUAAUUGAAAUCCCAACCUCCUUUGAGUACCCGGGUCAACGACAGGAAUUUACCUCGGAUGAAUACAAGUCUCUGUUGACAGCCAUUGACGAAACCCACGACCUGGAAGUCCAAACACCUGCGGAUAGAAAGGAGGUCUCAUUCAGGGAACCCAUCAGGCUGACUGCAGCAGCUGUUGAGGAGAACGGUCCCCUCUUCCUCGUGAGGGUUUACCUCGACAAGAAUAUGCAGUUGCACUUCUCCAAUCCCUGGACCAAUGAUUUGACCAAAGCCUCCAACAUGGACAAACCCACUUGGCAAGUUGAAACAGUGGAGGCGGAGAAUACAGUGAGCUUGACGUAUGCUGCGAUCGUUAGCUGGCUGGUGAGCCUUAUCGAGCCAGACAACGAGUCCUGCCAAACUUCGACCGCUCCGAGGCUGCAGACGCUGGCUCUGCUGCAGUCGACAUGUGAAGUUGGCGAGCACCUUGGGGCGUCUACUUCAGCAAGUGACUCUCACCGAAUCGUGCUCACUGCUCUCAUUAAAGCAGCCGGUGGCUACAAGUUGCAGGAAAUGAAGACGUGGCUAACCAUGAAUACCCCAAAAAGGGUAAGAAAGACGUAUUCAACGAGUGGAUUUUUCACAUUGUGA